AUGACUACAAAUCAAACAUUCAAGCCGUCCGAAGGAAAGAGGGAAGAAUUCAGAAAAUAUUUGGAGAAAAAUGGGAUCAUGGAUGCCUUAACCAAGGUUUUAGUCAACCUUUAUGAAGAAGUUGAUAAACCAGAGAAUGCUUUAGAAUAUAUUCUUGAUAAAUUAUCCAUCCAAGCUGGCCAGGAGACUCAGAAACAGUUAAUAGCAAGACUAGAUGAAGCAAACCUACACAUCAAAAGUUUAGAAGAAGAAUUAGAAAAAUUGAAGGUUGAACCUGCAAUGCUCCCAGAAGAUGAGGCAGCCCCUAUUGCUGUUGAAGAGGUGAAGGAAGAAGCUGUAGCAGCUGAAGCCUUGCCUGAACCUGCAGAAGACCAGGGUCCACCCCCAGAAAAUGAAUAGUCCACAUUGAUUUGAAAUUUGUGGCUUACAUUUUUUGUUACUAUUCUAUUCCUCGUUUUUUGUGGCUUUAAGCUCUGUAGGCUUGAAUGUCAAUAUUUUUUGUGGAUUGAGAAGCAUUUCUUGAAGCUUCCUUUAGUUUUUCUACAGCUCUGAAAUUCAAGCUUACAGAUAGGUUAUUUUUUGUUGAUAGCAUGCCAUUCAAGUUCCUUAUUAUGAAGAGUUCAGUUUUUGUUUAAGUUUUUUGAUAAACUUUACUUCUCAAAUAUAAAGAGAUUAUAUUUUCCACAUGUUGUGAACAUUAUUUGAGCAUAGUGAAUGAUUGAAAAGAAUACUGUUCCAAUUUUGAUGACAUCAGAUUUCUUCCCCUCUGAUGCAUACUGAAAAUUCACAUUUCAUGAGGAAAGUUGGUUAGGAGCCUUACAUUUCUAUCACAAAUAAAAAAAUCAGGGUAUAUUUUUUGUUCCUACUAAUUAGAAAAAACUUUUCAUUAUUUUCACUAUCACCCGUCUAUGUGAAAAUGUAGUUUAACUAAGUGAUUUGCCUUGAAUAAUAAGUUCCAUAAAAUAUGCUUACUACCUACUAUUUGGAUUGUAAAAUGUAUUUGGUGAAUAAUUUUCUUCUGUGCAAUAUUUUCUUGAACAGUACUUAUUUUUUGAAGUCUCAUACAAUUUAUUCAAACAGUAUAACUGCUUAAGUUUUGUAUUAUCAGUGUAGCUGAAAAUUAAUGAUAAUUUUCAUGAAAUAUAUUCCUCAGUUGAAAUAAAAAGUUGAACAGUGGACAUUAUUCUGAACCCCUGUUCCCAUGAUUUUUUGAUGCACAAGCACAACAUAAUAUAUUUAACAAAAAAGCUAUUU